UGUGAAUAUAUGCUGCCCGAAGCAUAUAUUUACAUAUAUGUCGCAAUCUUCACAAGGCCUUGCAUGCUUCGGGCUCUUUUGUUGAUGAUGAUAUGACAAGGUUCAUUGCCAGGCCGCAUCAAGAACGCGAUCAUCCGGUAGCACGUGGCGGAUUUGGUGACAUUUACAAGUGUACCUAUAAUCCUAGAGAACAGCCUUCAGUGGACGUGGCGAUCAAGGCGUUUCGCGUGCGAGCUGAUGAGAUUGACGAUCCUGACGCACUGUGGAGGGAGAUAGGUGUUUGGAAGAGAAUGCGCCAUAAAUGCAUCGUUCCACUUUUAGGUUCAACCACGCAUUAUUCACCAGUGUCCUUGGUAUCGCCUUGGAUGCCUAAUGGGACACUAACUUCUUAUCUCCAGACUCACGUCGAAAGUCAAGCCAAGUCCCUUCUGGUAGUACACUCGGAAUCUGUGGUGCACGGAGACCUUACGAGCUUCAAUGUGUUAAUCGACGAAAAAGGUCAAGCAUGCCUCGCCGAUUUUGGACUAUCAUCCAUGGUCAAGAUGGGUGAAAAAUUUGACUACCUCCGUGUGCACGAGAAGCACCCUGGAGCCUUGCGCUGGUCAGCGCCCGAGUUAAUCGACGGAGAUGGAGAUGGAACGAGUUCCCUAGGGGUUGAGGAGAGAUAUAUGCCAUCUCCUUCAAGUGACAUUUAUUCCUAUGGCUGCAUCAUGUUUGAGGUUCUUUCCGGCGACAUGCCUUGGAAACGUUGCAACAACCUCGUUCGUACCAUCCUGGACGGAGGGACACCCGAGCGUCCGCAGUCACAAGACGUGCAGGACGAGGAUUGGAUAUUUAUAUUACAAUGUUGGCUGUCGCUCCCAUCCCUUCGACCGGUCGCAUCCCAAGCACUCAAAUUUGCUGAAGCUCGCCUACCUGUAGAGUCUCGCGAAACGUCUAGUCAAACUUCCAUAUACUCCGCACAUCUCGAUGGCGCAAACGUCUACAACUUAUCUUCAUUGGUACCUUCACAUACGCAGCCUGCAUUUUCAGACGCUGAAAAAUGCUGGAAGUCGGUUGAUAAGCUAGCAAAAGCGCUCAUUGAACUCUUCACUACCAAGAAGAACCAGCAUGGCCUUAAUGAUGCCAUCCAGCUGUACCAUGUUUCCCUCGCCUCGCUCUCGCCUACUUCCAUAACUUUACUCCCUGAAAUUACCGUAGCCAUCGCUCAAAUUGGCACUGAGAAAGGAGAUGACAAGAAUUUGGAUGCGACCGAACGCCUUCGCCUUCGCAUGGGAUCUGUCGGCACCGAUGAUCCCUUUCAUUUCACAGGUUCCAGCUACCUCAGCCUUGUCGACAUAGCCAGGCAUAUGACAGAUAAAAAUUCAAAUUCCAUUUCCAGCGCAAAAUAUUGGUACAAGAAAUCAUUCAGCAAUGCCGCCAGUGGUGUAUUAUGCCGCCUGCAGAUAGCGCUGGCAUGUGCUCGGAUUACCGAAAAGGUUGUGGGGCAGGACGAGUUCAGGCUGGAGGCGUACGAGACGUCUCUCCAAUUAUUGGAAUCGCAUAUAUCUGCGACGCACACCUUGUCAUGGGCGGUGGAGCAUCUUUCGAGUUCUCUUGCAGUUGAUGCGGCAGCGACGGCACUUUGUCUAAAAGACGUGAACAAAGCCGUGGAGUUAUUGGAGUGGGGGAGAGAGCUGCUGUGGGCAUAUAUUGCGCGGUCUCACACCAGCAAAGAGGAACACGCCACUGAAGAAGGGCACACCACCGAAGAAGGGCAUACCACCGAAGAAGGGGGGGAAAAGGUCUCUAAAGUAGAGCAGCUGCACUUGUUUGUGAACGGUGCACCAGACACUUCGCAAGAGGCUUCCAACCUCAAAAGUGCCGCUGUACCUGAUGCAAAAGUGCAUGAAAUACGGGAGGCGGAGGGCCUGCCAUCCUUGCAUCCUCGAAUAUCUGAUCUGCUGAAAGCAACGCAAGACGGGCCUGUAAUUAUGCUCAUCGCAAGCAGACGAUCAUGCGACGCCAUCAUCGUGUCUAACGCGCACCCCAAACCGCUUCACGUACAGCUGAAGAUCUCCUUCAGCUCUCUCGCAGCGUUGUCGACAACUUUCCAAGCUUGCACCUCUUCGGUAUCCGAAGAUCCCGAAUCUGUAGAAGCCAAGCUGGAAGAGGUACUGAAAUGCCUGUGGGAUGAUGUUGUUUACCCAGUGAUCGUUCAUUUUAAAGAGUCAAUGCCACCGGGGCAUGGCUCUCGAAUAUGGUGGUGCCCCACUUCGUUUUUCUCCACCUUGCCGGUGCAUGCGGCAGGGGAUUACACUCCGGAAGGGACACAACUACCGCAGCUUUAUGUUUCAUCCUACACUUCCUCUAUCUCGUCACUGGUUCGUGCUCGCGAAUGCGAAUCCGCCAACCGCUCCGAGUCAUAUUCGAAGUUCGCUGCAAUAUAUACCAAGCACAACCACGAAGUCGAAUACCCUGUGAUUGAGUUGGCAGAAAUGGAGCCUGACAUAGUGAAACGCAACUUAUCCCCAUCUCUCUUCCUCAAAAAGUUCCCCGACGCAACAAAGGAUGAUGCUGACGAAGCCUUCGGCGACUAUGGAUGGUUUCAUCUGGUAGCUUAUGCUACACAACAUGCUUACAAACCAUUCAAUUCCUCCUUUGUGAUGCGCGACGGCUUGCUGUCACUUCCCGAUAUCCUCCUGGCCGGCCCCGAGCCAAAGGAGUUUGCCUUCCUCUCUGCGAGAUCGCUUGGAUCGCGUUUCAGAUGGAUGCAGAACGAGACCAUCCAGUUUGCUGCCGGCUUGCAGUUUUCUGGAUUCAAGAGUGUUGUUGGAAUGAUGGGAAACGUGGAGGACUCUAAGGCGCAUGAAAUUGUUGACAAGUUCUAUAGGAUUUUCUUUUCUACCGAGACCCCAGAUUGUACCCGGGCUGCACGAGCGUUGCAUGAUGCCUUGGAAGAAAUGGCUCAGAGUGGAUUAUCUCUGGGACAGAGAAUCAUCUUUGCACAUUUUGGACUAUAGUUUCUGUUUUUGCAAGUGAUGAUGCCGGCUUUUG